CUGCUUUUAAUUGUGUGGUUUGAGGUUUUCUUAGUUUUAGAACCAAUUUAUAAAUCUUUUGUUUUUCUAAAGAAAUACUAAUAAGAACUUUAGAUAAUCAUAAAGUCUGGUUGUUACUACAGUCAACUAAAAAAUGAUUACAUUUUGUCAAAAGAUUAUUUAUUUACCAUUACCAUCUAGUUUUAGUGUGUUAUUUUCACGAAACACAAAUAUGGUCGCUAGAAAUCCAAAAAUUAUUUAUAGGCCGAACAAUACUGGUAUAGGAACGAUAAGAAAAAACAGUUAUUCAAUUUCUAAUGCAAAAUUUAUGGAUAAUGGUGCAAAAAAUGUUUUGGUAUUGUCAAAUACCACUCGAAACGUAUUCACAUUUAAAGAAAAAUGUAGGCGCAGUAUAAGUUAUACUAAAACGAGUAUAAAGUUUGCACCAAACAAACUUCUACCAUUUGAGGUUGAAACAAACAUAUCGAAAGAUGUAAUACUAUUCAAAAACGAGAAAUCAGUGUUCUUCAAACUAUUAAGUUUUUUUGGUAUAAUUCAGUUUGUUUUUUGGAUGUACUUAGGGCAUUUUUCAUUCACAAAUUUACGUGACAUUAGUCAAAGUGAUGUAGAAAAGCAAAUUGGUAAACAGAAAAAUGAACCUCGUGGAUUGUCAUUUUGGAAGAAAAUAAACUUGGGUGAAAAUAAAUAUCGUUAUGGCAUUACACUACUCUGUUUUAGUGUAGGUUACCUGAUAGCAGUUGGCACUAGCCUGUACACUCUUCGCUCAGUUAGGUACUUGAUUCUUCUCAGAGGAGGAGAAAUGGCUCGCUUGGUUACUUAUACACCUUUUGGAGGUAAUCGAAUCAUUGAUGUAUCGCUACGAGACCUGUCUUGCCAACAAGCACGUGACCAGGCUACCUCAUUCCUUUCACUGAAAGUUCGUAAUCGUUGGAUGUUCUUUUUAGUUGAUAAAAGAGGGAUUUUUCUAAAUCCAAAACUCUUUGAUAGUACCGUUGGAUUAUACAGAACACUGAAAUGAUCUAAUUGGUUUAUUUUUCAGUUCUAACGAUUUUUGAUACUGAUAUUAGGAAGUAAAUUUAAUACAAAAAUUAUUAUAAAUAAAGGAAUUUUUCUGUAACAAUAUUAUGUCAUAUGU